AUGAAUAUAGAUCAACGAAAGCAAUAUACGCGAAAAGAUCUGGAUCAGGACGAGGAGUUUUGGCUACAGCAAGACUCUUUGGCCAUAGAUCUCCGACAGAUGCCGCCUUCGCGACGGACCUUUCUACCGGAUGAGUUGUCCAACAGUUCUUCACAGGCGUCUUCCACGGUGAUACACACGCACCAUCAAGGAGACGCAAAACGUACUGUUGAUGAUUUGAAACACGCAGUGUCGGGUACGUUGGACACGGACAAGAUGUUUGAAGACACGCUCAGGGCGUUAGAGGACGAGUGUGGGAACGGCGAGGACGAGGAGGACGCGAAGUCCAAGGACUCUGAAGACGAUUUUAAUGACUACAUUGAUGGGAUGCUUCCGUCACCACCUUCUUCGCCUCCCAGAGAGUUGGAUCCAAACAAGCUGUAUGCCCUGUACGACUUCAGUGGGCCAGAUCCAUCACAUUUGGAGCUGUCGAAGGACGAUUCCGUGGUCUUGCUGAACGAUUCAGACAGCUAUUGGUGGCUUGUCAGGCGCAACUCUGACAAGGAAGUUGGCUUUGCGCCUGCCGAGAUCCUGGAGACGUUUGAAGAACGUUUGGCACGACUUAACUGCUGGAAGAACGAGGUCAUCGAGCGUCAGGAUACGAGCUGUUUGUCUGUUAACGAUCUCAAGGAAUUUGAAAACAACUCGCAACGCGUCUACUCUGGAUCAAAUUUGACCUUGUACGAGAACCACAACGACAGCAGCAAGAGCGAACAGUCGCUGUUAGGUCGCAAAAGCUCGCUCAAGCGCAGCAAGUCGUCGAUCCGCAAAACAGUGUCGUUUGUGCCAGCCAACCUGCCAGAUCUCAAGGAGGUUGACGACGGUAAGUCUGAGACCGGCAGCGAUUCGCCGUUCAAGCCGGGAAGUUUGGUGGUCAACAAACGUGUGAGCAACACUAACUUCCUGGUGCGCAACCUUGACGAUUACCAGCAACAUGCUCGAUUCUCCUUCCAAGAAAAGGCAGACGACGACGACGACGACGACGACGAAAGCAUCUCUUCCUUUGAUACCAACGCCUACGAUGAGUCUUCGUCGAGUCCAGAGAAGGCUGAUUACAAGCAAGAGUCUAUACACUCGGUGGGAUCCUUCUCUCCAUCAGCCACCUCGGAAUCAGAACCCGACAACUCUAAUACUACUAUUGAUGAAACUGCACAACAAACCAAAUCAUUCAAAACUUUGUCAUUCCAAGAACAACGAACCAAGUUCCUGGAGAAUGAAAAACCUCAGUUGGCUGAGCGUGAGACAUCCAACGAUUCAACUUCUUCUAGCCUAUCGCAGCAAAAAAACGUAUCCAGCUACUCAUCAGAUUCGCUCACUCCACAAGCUUCGCAAUCUGAGCUUACGAAACCUGGUUCUCUACAUCCAAUCACUAACGAAUUGUUCAACCCGUUGUUCAACCAGCUUGAAGUGCUCGAGAAUAUGCUGAACGACUUCAUAGUGACUGACAAGGAACAUGUAUAA